AUGGCUGUCCAAGCUUUUGAAAGUUCUCAUGAUGAUUUAAUUCAUGAUGUAUCUUAUGAUUUUUAUGGAAAACGUAUGGCAACUUGUUCUUCAGAUCAAAGAGUUAAAGUAUGGGAAUAUAGUCAAGAGAACAGUUGCUGGGAACCAGUUGAUACCUGGAAGGCACACGAAGGGUCUGUUUUGAAAGUUUCUUGGGCUCAUCCCGAAUUUGGACAAGUAAUAGCAACUUGUUCUUUUGAUCGCACUGUGCGUAUUUGGGAAGAACAAGAACAUGAAUCUAGAAAUAGUGGUAAGCGAUGGACAGAAAAGGCAGUCUUAAGAGAAAGCACCGGUUCUGUGCAAGAUGUAGAAUUUGCACCAAAUUAUAUGGGAUUAAAAUUUGCAACGUGUGCAGCUGAUGGAAUGUUACGAAUAUAUGAAGCACUUGAAGUAAAUAAUUUAGCACAAUGGACUUUAAUGGGAGAAAUAAAUAUAACAACAAAUACCGCGGGAAAAGAAUCAGAUGGUCAUUAUUGUCUAUCCUGGUGUCCAUCACGGUCUACAACUCCAAUGAUUGUAAUUGGAUGUGGUAAAGAAAAUUGUGCAAAAAUUUUUAGACAAGACUCUACGAAUAGAUGGCAAGCUUUUGAAAUAUUAGAUGGUCACGCCAAUACAGUUUAUGAUGUUAGUUGGGCUCCUAGUAUGGGAAGGGCAUAUCACCUUAUCGCUACAGCAUCAAAAGAUCAUAAUGUUAGAAUUUUCAAAUUAGUGGACAAUAAAAAAGAAGGAUUCGAGAUCACACGUGCUCCUGAACUUUCUGAUCACAAUGUUGAGGUUUGGAAAGUUGAAUGGAAUGUAACUGGCACUAUAUUAUCAUCUUCGGGAGAUGACGGGAAAGUUCGAUUGUGGAAGUGUUCACUUCAAAGUGGAGAAUGGAAGUGCAUGAGCACCAUUUACUACGAUCGACAACCGGAAAGUAUGGAGAUGUAG